AUGGACGAGACCUCAGCGCAAGCAUCUACGUCAAGCGCAAACGGCGAGCAAGCGUCCGCCUCUUCGACUUCGACAUCUUCCCAAGACCAGCCAAGUGCCGCUCCCGCUACCACUCUUUGGGAAAACUUCAUGGCCAGCUUCCGCAAUGUCACCCAGUCCGGUGGCUCUGCUCAGCGCAACGAGUCUUCAACAGCGCACAAUGCACCUGCACCAUCAACACGAAUAGACAACCCGACUCGGCGGUCUGCAUCCUCACCUGGCCGCACACCGUCACCAUCAUCUGCACAACACGCUACCGCAGCAGACCCGGAUUCGCAGGCAAGUGGAUUGCCGCAUCCUCCCGUUUACUUCCGCCUACCCUUUGCUGGACCGGACGGUAAUCCUGCCCUUCUCGCCUUUCAUCCGCAGCCAUUGCCCAGCAGGGACGAGACUGCUCCAAGUUCUCCACAAUCUCCAACGCAGGGUCGACCGCAGCCCUCCGCAAACACUACUGCACCCAGUCAGCCCGAUCCAGCCCAGCCGACCAUACACCCUACCGGUUUCCCUGGCAGCGGCAACGGCGCAAAUCCUGCCGCACCACACUCGCACCCUCAUCCCGAUGGUCACGUCCCGGUAGCACCCUUAUUUGUCCCCUUCGGCGCUUCUCCCCUGCCCUUCUCCUUCAUCUAUGAUUCAAAUACCCAGACAGCCUGGCCAAUCGCUCAGGUCACUCCCGGAUCACCGCCCGGAGGACCCUCACCUGAUGCUCCAGAGUCCCAGCAGCCACGGCUCGUCGCCGGACCGCCUUUCCGCAUCCUCCUCGACAUCCACUUCACCCCAGCACCAGAACCGGAGCAGCCCGACCCCAAGAUGGCUGCCGAUUUUGUCAAGCAGCUGGAACGCGCCGAUGCAGAGCUCCGAGCACGUAUGGCUCGCCUGGGCAUGGGUAGCAUCGGCGGCUUCGGCGAUACCAUCGCUGGUGGCGCUGAAGCGGACGCCCUGCUUGGGUGCGGCAUCUGUCUCGACAGCUACGACACGGACGACCGCCCCGAAUGGAUCGAUGGCCCCAAAAGCCAGGACGAAGCCGUCGUAGCAGUACCCUGCUCCGGCCACCAUACCCUCCACGCCGGCUGCCUACGCGACUGGCUUGAAAAGCUUCCUCCCUCCCAGUGGACUUGUCCCUUUUGCAGAGCAAGCAUCGGCCCCAGCCCAAACAAAGGCAACGCACGAGACACGUCCUCAUCCUCCCCUACCAAGUCCGCGGCUAUCCCGUCCGCUUCGGCUGCUCACACGACGCUGCGUGAAGAGGUGAGGGCACGAGAGCGCAAGCGCGGAUGGCGAUGCGAUGCGCCCGCUUGUCUUCCACGCUAUCCUCUCGCCUCUCAGCCCGACGAUGGUCAUCUCGAACUCCCCGAAACCACCGACGACAUGACCACCGAGCUGGUCAAACUGGCUCCAUGCCAUCACGAGGUUCACCUUGACUGCCUGUGCACCAGCAUGCGCAUCGAGAAUGACCUCGUCGGCGCACAUGAUCUUGACGCCAUCCUCAGUGGCAGCGAUUCUGACGCUUCUUCGUUGGACCAAGAUGACCAGCCGGACCAGCUUGAUUCAUCGACGGAACAAGCCGAUGAGCAGCAGCAGCAGCAACGCGACACGGUGGGCAAAUGGGUCAACUGUCCAACUUGUCGUAAGGAAUCUUGGGCACAACUGCCUCUGCGACGUCGCCCGACGCGUCCUGCUCCUGAAGCAGCCAAAGUCGACACGCUCGGUGAUGGCGACAAAGUUGCGAAAGCGGUGCAGCCCUCUGAUCAGUCUAUUUCUUAUAAAGGUGCAACCCGCCAAGUCGCUGAAGAAGCACGCGCAUCACAGAACGCCGCUGACGACGAAGUCGCUGUCAACGCCUUGCUCGAGUCAGGUGGUUCCACCUGA